AUGGACUUCCUUAAGAAAUUUUCUGAUAACAACGCCGGCGAGGGUGAGCGAAGGCCAGAAGAGUCGACUGAAUCCGGAGAGCGCACGCAGGGCAACUUCUUUGACAAGGCCUCAAACUUCGUGAACGAACAGGCUGGCGGCGGCAAGAAGGGCGAACAGAAGGAAGACGCCCUCGACAAAGCUAUCGACUACGUCCAAGAGAAUGUCUUCAAGCAAGGUCCUCAGAACAACGAAUCUGCCGCCGAACAGGCCAAGGAUGGUGCCAUUGCCGACUUCAUCCGAGACCAGUACAAGAAGAAUACUGGCAAAGAAUUCCCAGUCUCCGAAAGACAGUAA